GCCGCCGGGGGGCGGCAGCAGCAGCAGCAGCAGCGCCGCCUCCGCCUCCUCCAACGCCGCCGCAGCUCCCGUCCUGGCGGCGUCCGCAGGGCAGAGGCAGAGGCAGAGGCAGGCAGGCAGGCGGCGGCCGCGGCUCCUCCAUCCCCGCCCGAGGGGCUCCGAGCGAAGGCGGGCAGGGCUGAGCGGAAGGAGGAACCAUGGCUCUGGACGGUAUAAGGAUGCCAGAUGGCUGCUAUGCCGAUGGGACGUGGGAGCUGAACGUCCACGUCACAGACCUGAACAGAGAUGUAACGCUGAGGGUCACAGGGGAAGUCCACAUUGGUGGUGUCAUGCUGAAGCUGGUGGAAAAGCUUGAUGUCAAAAAAGAUUGGUCUGACCAUGCUCUGUGGUGGGAAAAGAAGAGAACCUGGCUCCUUAAAACUCACUGGACCUUGGAUAAGUAUGGGAUACAGGCGGACGCCAGGUUGCAGUUCACCCCCCAGCACAAACUGCUCCGGCUCCAGCUUCCGAACAUGAAGUAUGUGAAGGUGAAAGUGAACUUCUCUGACAGAGUCUUCAAAGCAGUGUCGGACAUCUGCAAAACCUUCAACAUCAGACAUCCAGAAGAACUCUCCCUUUUAAGGAAGCCCAGAGAUCCCACCAAGAAGAAAAAGAAAAAACUAGAUGAUCAAUAUGAAGAUGAGACACUUGAGCUGGAAGGACCAUUAAUUACCCCUGGAUCAGGGAGCAUUUACUCAAGCCCAGGACUUUAUAGCAAAACCAUGACACCAACUUACGAUUCUCACGAUGGAAGCCCUUUAUCACCGACUUCUGCUUGGUUUGGAGACAGUGCUUUGUCAGAAGGGAAUCCAGGUAUUCUUGCUCUCAGCCAGCCAAUCACCUCUCCAGAAAUUCUGGCAAAAAUGUAUAAGCCUCAGUCGCUUCUGGAUAAGGCCAAGAUCAACCAAGGGUGGCUGGACUCCUCAAGAUCACUGAUGGAGCAAGAUGUGAAAGAGAAUGAAGCCUUACUUCUCCGGUUCAAGUACUACAGCUUCUUUGAUCUGAAUCCUAAGUAUGAUGCGAUCCGAAUCAACCAGCUCUACGAACAGUCAAAAUGGGCUAUUCUCUUGGAGGAAAUAGAGUGCACAGAGGAGGAGAUGAUGAUGUUUGCAGCAUUGCAGUACCACAUCAAUAAGCUAUCAAUCAUGUCCUCCGAAAAUCACUUGAACAACAGUGACAAAGAGGUGGAUGAAGUCGAUGCUGCCCUUUCCGACCUGGAAAUAACUCUGGAAGGUGGGAAGACAUCGACCAUUCUGGGCGACAUCACUUCGAUCCCUGAGCUUGCCGACUACAUUAAAGUGUUCAAGCCAAAGAAACUGACACUCAAGGGCUAUAAGCAGUAUUGGUGCACCUUCAAAGAUACGUCAAUCUCUUGUUACAAGAGCAAAGAAGAAUCCAGUGGGACUCCAGCUCACCAGAUGAACUUGAGAGGCUGCGAGGUGACUCCUGAUGUCAACAUUUCUGGUCAGAAGUUUAACAUCAAACUUCUCAUCCCAGUGGCUGAGGGCAUGAAUGAAAUUUGGCUCCGUUGUGAUAACGAAAAGCAGUAUGCUCACUGGAUGGCAGCUUGUCGUCUAGCCUCCAAGGGCAAGACCAUGGCAGACAGUUCCUACAAUUUAGAAGUCCAGAACAUCUUGUCUUUUCUGAAAAUGCAGCACCUGAACCCAGAUCCACAGAUAAUUACCGAACAGGUCAACCUGGACAUCAAUCCUGAAUGUCUGGUUUCCCCAAGAUACCUGAAGAAAUACAAGAACAAACAGAUCACUGCCAGGAUUUUAGAGGCCCAUCAGAACGUCGCUCAGAUGAGUCUCAUUGAAGCCAAAAUGAGGUUUAUACAAGCUUGGCAGUCCCUUCCCGAGUUCGGCAUCACACACUUCAUUGCAAGGUUCCAAGGGGGUAAGAAGGAGGAACUUAUUGGCAUCGCCUACAACCGGCUGAUCCGGAUGGAUGCCAGCACCAGCGACGCCAUCAAGACGUGGCGAUUCAGCAACAUGAAACAGUGGAAUGUAAAUUGGGAGAUCAAAAUGGUGACGGUGGAAUUUGCAGACGAUGUCCGUGUUUCCUUCAUCUGCACGGAGGUGGAUUGCAAGGUGGUGCACGAGUUCAUCGGAGGCUACAUUUUCUUGUCAACGCGCGCAAAAGACCAGAACGAAAGCUUAGAUGAAGAAAUGUUCUAUAAACUGACCAGCGGCUGGGUGUGAGUUCAAAGAGAACCCCCCCGUUAUCGUGACACAAACUCAAUGGCCAUAUUAAUAUUUAACUUCAAAAGCUGUUAUUUGAAAUAUGCUGCUUAAUCAAGUUAAGAUUGAAGUGUAUCUUUUCUUUUUAAUGUCAUGGGAAACUUUGCCUUAGCAGACCAGUUUUGAUAUAUGUGCACUAAACAGCACUUCCGUUAAUCUGCUAGAACAAAACAGUAACAUGGAGUGCGUAACGCAAACACUCAGUGCCUCCCAUUUCCCCCACCCCGCCUUGGCAAGAAAGUGAGGCUGAUCAGGUUAAUUUCUGACAGAUGUAAGCUAACCAAAUCAGUAAAAACCUCUAAGCCAUUUAACUACAAAGAUACCCAGGGGCCUAAUCUAUAUGAAGUCUAUUUAUCAUGUUUAAUGCAUGUUUUGUGGGUUGUUUUAAAAAUAUAUAUAGGGGAAAUAUAUAUAUAUUGUAAAAUUGACAUCCAUGUGUUAAACGUCCUUCCUACUUCAGAGCAGAAUUUCUUGCACGUGGCCCAGGAACCGUGGUUGCAGCAGCCCUUCCCUGUUCGUCCCAGCAGGGUUUGUGGCUGGGCUCCUGGGUUCAGCAGCAGCUCUUUGUGGACUGCAUUCUGUUACCCCUGACUUCUCACACUACAUAUAAUUGGGCCCAUUGCAGAGGCCUAAAACUUCUACAAAAGCAAUCCUGCGUGGCCUUGAAAAGGAAAAAAAAAACCCUUUGUUAGAUUUUAAGUGUAUUUGUUGUAACUUCUCGUUUCCUUUCAAUAAUCAUUUAUAUCUUGUGCGUCUCUCUUUCGCCUCUCCCCUUAUUUUAUUUUUACACCGUAUUGUAUUACAACCAAGUUUAGUAUUCACCAGCAUAGCUACUCUCUACCUAAGAUAUGCAAAAAAAAAAUAUUUCAUUACAACAUGAAGUAAAGGUCUAUGAAGUAUAAGGAUUUUUUGUGUGUAACUAAUGUAAAAAGAAAAACACAAAUUUUAUAAAAUUGUACAGGUUUUUCUUUUUUUAAAAAAAGGUAGUCUCACAAGCCAAAGUAGGUGAACCGCAGUGUCCUCAAGCAUAUUGGCCUUAAUAUGUUUUUAAUCUAAGUUAAAAUCUUGUUGUUUUAUAGCUGUGCCACAAAGCCCUUAGCAACGAGAUUCGGUUGCCUGGCAUUCACGGGGUUCCCAGUUCCAGAUUAACACUAACCGCCAGGGUUCCCUGACUCGCCCAGUGCCGAGAGAUAACCAGUAUUGUGUUGGGUAGUCCAUCACUCAAAGACCAUGUACAAAUGCUUUGUAUUUUAAAUAAAGGUCAAAUCUUUUAUUUAA